GGCGUCGGGUGGAUGUGGGCGGGUCCGGUUGCCAACGGAGUUCCGGCGGCCGUGGGAGGCCGUGUUGGGAAGCGGCGGACUGUUUUGGAGGUCUGGCUGCCCAUAGCUGGAGUUUUCCUUAUCGGGGGUGUGUGUGUCGGUUUCUUUGCUGCUGUCUUUUCGAGAGCGUUUGAUGUCGCCGCACCUCCGAGUCUGCCCAUCCUCAUUUUCCAGGAUUGAACUGAAAGUUCGCACCGAGACACCACCACACGCUAUCCACUAUCUUCAGCAAAGCAGGUCUUAUCGCCGCAAUGAAAGCGUCGUCACCCGUCACCGCAGGCCUAAAGAGGGAGACCCCGACAUCGCCCGCCUCGCCUUCAGAAACCGCCGACGUCCAACCAAAGAAACUCAAACUCGAAGAUGACCAUCCCGUUGAGUCAACCACGUCUUCCACCAGCAACCCCGACCGACAACCAUAUUCUUCACGUGGAGGACGGGGGCGAGGAGGAGGCGGACGUGGUGGGCAUGGUCACUCCGGACAUAAUGCGGGGCGUCCUGUUCUCAAACGCACGAUGAAGGCUGGGGCGGACCCGCAGAUUGCGGCGCUUUUUGAGAACGUUACGGGGAUUUUGGAUGAUAUGUACGAUAGGAGGGAACGAAUCAUUAAGACUUCGAGGGACAUCACGAUCGGAAGCAAGCGAAUGAUUUUCUUACUCCAUCGAAUAACAACAACCGCAGACACAGCAUCCCUCUUCACCGAAGCCCACGCCAAGCUAGCCGACCUCCAACAUCUUUUCGCCAUAGUCCUUCCCGAUCUCCACGGUCCGGACUUCUGGAAACACCACCGCGCAAUCCAACCCGGCCUCGAAGAGUUCAUCGAAGCCGUCUCGUUCCUCUGGUUUCUCGAGAAGGGGAGACUCGUCACAAAGGAAGAGGUGCAGGAGUGCGUUGGGAUUGGGCAGGGCGAUGCGAAUGUGGAAGGUGGUGCAGCGACGGAGACGAUCGGUGACAAGGAGAAGAGGGUUCUGGUCACAAAUGAAGACUAUGUGAUGGGUUUGGGGGAUCUGACGGGCGAGUUGAUGCGGCAUUGCAUCAAUUUGAUCACGAGAGGCGACCAUGUGGGUGCUCAGACAAUUUGCACGUUUAUGAGGAACUUUGCGGCCGAGUACGAGGCGAUCUCAGCCGACUUCUCACCAGCCCGCAAAAAGGUCCCUGCCAUGGUUGCCAGUCUCCGCAAAGUGGAAAAUGCAUGCUACACAGUGAAAGUCCGCGGGGCGGAAUACCCACCCGAUCGUCUGGCCGAGUUUCUCAUGUCUCUCGACCACUCCGGCGCUCGUGACGAGUGAUCAGUGAUGAAUCACAUUGUGGCAUGCUGUACGGUACAUAUCAGCAACGCAACCAAUAAUUUGCGCAGAUAUCAACCCCCU